AUGGAAAAGGGGCUCGCCGAUCCAGAGCUGCCGCCGCUGGUGCAAGGGAUGAAGGGCAAGUUCGGCCUGAGUGACGAGGACCUCACGGAAAUGUGCGAGACGACGUACGAACUGUACUUGCUCGCGAUGGUCGCCGUCCCGGAUGUUAGCUUUGGGGAGAUUUCCCAGCUGGGUAGGCUGAAGGCCGCUUUUAGGUUAGGUGGCGCAAGCGUUGGAGACGCUCACUUUGAAGCUUGCCGCGCGUUUUAUCGCAACAACGUUGUCUACAUGGAUGCGGAGGACGAUGAUUUCGAGCGUGACGCGGCCCAGAGAAAACUGGAUAAGCUCCUUUUCUUGUCCGAUCGCAUGUAUGAGGACAAGGAGACCGAGGAGGCCUACCGGUACGAGCAGUCGAGGUUGUUCAAGUUCUUUUCCAUGAACAAGGAUAGAUACGAGGAGCGCGUUGCACGCGUCGCGCUCCCAUUUUAUAAGGAUGUGGUUGCCCGCGCUUGCGUCGAUUCGUCAGUUGGUAGCGAGGAUCUUUUGGCUGCUCAGGCGACUUUGGGCGUCAAGGACAUACAGGCGGAACGCAUCCGCUCGGAUGCGUAUGCAGAUCGCGUUGACUCCCUUGUAUCACAAAAGGGGAAGCUUAACGAAGUUGACAAUGAAUCCCUCGCCCGGUUACGCACGUUGCUCAAGAUUGGCGACGACAGAGCCAGCUCUACGCUAACAACGCUUGCUGAGCCGGUAUAUCGCAUGGAGGUCGGUGAGGCUCUUGAUGCGGUUAAGAAGGCUGAGGAAUCUUUCGCGAGCAUCUACGGCCGCCUGGCUCUGCGGCAGUCGGAACUCUCGUUCCCUUCUGAUGCUGCGAGGGUCGCGAUGUCUAAAGAAAUUAGCGAGAGGGCGAGCGACCAUAUUCGCACAGCGAGCAAGUAUCUGCGUGUUCAGAAUGUCAACGGAUGCAUCACCCAGCUGAAAGAGCUCCUACAGUAUACAGAAGGGAUCGUCGGCUUGUUGAAGGUGUCCAAUGAUGACGUCCAGGACGAGACUGCAAUUAUCAAGUCAUACAUGCCGAAGGUUGCCAGCGUCCUUUCGCGCAUGGAGCCACGUCAGAUGUAUCGUAUCUAUCUUUCAAAGUGCCUAGAAAGCCGCCUCAUUGGUCCCGAACAAGAGACUCAAUUGGCUAGAUUACGAGCCGUGCUGGGGCUGACGGAGGAGGUCGCCCUUGAAGCUUUCAAGACUGCUGCUGGACCAGUGUACAAGAAGGCUGUCUCUGAUGCAGUAGCUGCUGGUACAUUCGACGACGAGCGCAAGGCUGGUAUCACCAAGAUCAAGGACGAUUUAGCUCUGCCACUCGAGACGUCCAAGAGCAUUGAUUUGGAUAUUUACAGGAACAAACUUACGAGACUUGUGGAUGGUAAUCGAAUCCUCCAAGAGCACGAAUCGCAGGAGCUCUUCGUGUUGAGAGAGUUUCUGGGGUUGUCGCCAGAGGAUGCAGCUCCAGUACACAAGUCGUGCAUGGGUCCGGUGUAUGAACAGUCUGUGACGGAGGCGAUGGGUCCUACUGGUAUCAUGCUCGAUGAAUACAAGGGUGGUCUUGAGCGAUUGCGAGAACGUUUGGGGCUCUCGAGGGAAGACGCUGAUGGUGCAUUCUUUAGAGUCGUCAAGCAGAGGAUGCUCCUUUACGUGACUAGAGCGAUGUCUCAACUUGAGAAGCGCCAAUCGUUCCGUGGCCAAAACGAAGAACGUGAUGUUGGUGAUGACCCGAACAUCAAACGAGCUGGAGCAGUGUUGGGUAUCGAUGCAGGCGGUCUUCCAAUUGAGCUCUCCAAUCUAGUGGACUUUUAUGUCAGGAAUGGCUUGGCAAAGGAAGAGGAAAUUGAAGUCGAUGGAGAGAAGAAGACCGUUACCAAGUAUCCAGUCACAUUGCGGGGCGAUCUCCAACCAAAGGUCUACAACGAACUAUACAAGCAAUACGUCAUUCAGUGUUUCAGUGCUCAAACACGUGGGGAGAAGCAGCGUUUGUUUGCAGCCCUGGACCAAUUGGGCUCUAUUUUGGGAAUGCAAGAAGACGAAAUCUCCAACAUUCAUUCAGACAUUGGUACCGUGAUUUACAAGAAUUACAUCAAUCAGUCACUACUGAAAGGUCCUCUGGAAGACAAAGAUGUCGAUUUCUUGUCCAACAUUCAGAAAAUGUUAAGCAUGAAGGAAGACCAUUGUGCUUCUCUCCUGAAGGAUGCGAAGAAUAACAGAGUAUCUGUGUUGCUUGAACAGAUAUAUGCGCUACCAAAGGUAUUGCCAGAGACAGUGAAGAAAUUGCGCAAAACGGCUGCCCUUCUGGAUGUAGAUUUGGUCAAGGACUUGAAAGUGUCCGCAGACCAAAGGGCCAAGCUCUUCGGUGUGGAGAUCGAUGCAGCAAUUGACACUGGGGCCUUAGCAGCAGACAACCAGGACCUUGUCCAAGAAGUGCAAAAGAGUCUUCAAGUCGAAGACGCGGCAGCUAAGGACAUUCUGCUGGCUUGUAUUCAGCGCCGUACUCUGUCUCAUCUCGUUCAGGCAUCUGCCAGUUUGAGACAAGACAGGUCAGAGUCAGCGGUGGCUGAACUGAAGACCAUGCUUCGGUAUGGAAAGCUACUCCCCGCGAAGGUCAACGCACCUGCCGUUUCUGUUUCGGAAAGACGGGAGUUGUAUCUUUUGUUCCAGGCAGACGUGAUUACCGAUGGUGUUGUAGACGCGCGAGCGAAGGAGCAAGUCAACUUGUUGAAAACGAUGUUCGGGUUUGUGGACGCAGACCUUGAACUGGUGUCGUGAUCGGUGGUGGAAUAGCAAAGUGUGUUCAUUUGCUUUUGUGCUUUAGUUGCGGAAGACAAGGGAGAUCCAUAAACAUAUUGGAAGUGGCAUCACCUCUUAAUUGGAG